UUCUGCUGCUGCUGCUGCUGCUGCUGCUGCUGCUGCUGCUGCUAUGGGAUUAUGUGUGCAGGACCUCUCAGCGCAGACUGGCUCCAUGUCGUCCAGCUGUCGUUUUUGGGAGGGCCUUUGAUUUGCGUGUGAUGAGUUUCCCCCCCACAGCAUCUGGAGAUCAAUUAUCCAUCCAUUCGUGUGAGCCACAGUGGCUGGGCAGAGAGAUCCUAGCCGCCUCUCUUUGUGUUUGUGUGAAAAACCAUUCAUCGAAAAGGCAAUACAUGCUGAUUUAUUCUGCGAGAUUGAGGUAAUUUUCCACACCUGCAGCAUUUCAAAGGUGAGUAUGUAAGAGGUGUGAAACAGACGGUUUUAUUUGCUCUCGCUUUCUGAGGGGAAAUUUGUAUAAUCAGUGAGUUUAUAAUGGGGUUGCAACAAUAAGUCUAAAGGUGUAAUACUGUAGUUUUUAUGUUUCUGUCUGUGUUGUAUUUAAGGUUUUUAUGAGUUCCUGCUUGUUACUUUUCUUCUCCCAAUUUGCAGCCUUGAAAACAGUAAUUUGGUUCAUUCCCUCAGCCUAAAUCCCAUCCCCGUUCAUCCAUACAGUCCUCAGGAAAAUGCAGAUAUGUAUUCAGGAGAGCGUCUAAUGCAUCCAUGAUCCUCAGGAAUCCUGAAUCCUUGCAGCUGAUUGGCUGCUGCGUCCUGCCUCUUGUUGGGAUGGACCUGUUGGAUAAAAGGACCAUUUUCUAAAGGACUCCUGUGUGUUACACUGAGGAUCAUGCACUGGGGACCGUCCUGGAAGACGCUUUAAUAAGAAAAAGGCCUUUCGAGGAGCAUCGAGACGCAGCAUGACGGGGAAACAAGGCGCCGUGCUGUCGGAAAGUUUAAAUCUGUCGGAGAAAACCUCUCUGGGCGGGAAUGCAGGGAGUAACAGCCACCAGCCGAAGAGCACCGCGACCCACCCGCCGCCCAGGUGCACCGGCUUCGGCAUCCAGGAGAUCCUGGGGCUCAACAAGGAGCCGUCCGCGGCACCGAGGAGUCCGCUGGGCUCGCUGCCGGCCGGGGCGCACCUGAUCGCCGCCAGGUCCGUGCUGGGCCCCGCCGGCGUGGGUGUGGGAGUCGGGAUGGGAUUAAUCGGCCCCGGUGGAAUUCCGUCGUUUUACAGCCAGCCAGCGUUUUUGGAGACGGUGCUGUCGGACGGACACGAUGUUCACCUGCAGCCCCACAGCAGGUCCGUGGGGCCGCUGGACACCAGUCAGUCCGCCAGCUCAGACUCCGAGGAUUUAUCUUCGAAUGAGCGAAAACUCUCAAAAUCAUCACUAAGUCAGAGCAAGAAACGCAAGAAAAGACGGCACCGGACCAUCUUCACCUCCUACCAGCUGGAGGAGCUGGAAAAGGCCUUUAACGAGGCGCACUAUCCGGAUGUUUAUGCCCGGGAGAUGCUGGCCAUGAAGACAGAGCUGCCAGAAGACAGAAUACAGGUUUGGUUUCAGAACCGCAGAGCCAAGUGGAGGAAGAGGGAGAAAUGCUGGGGCCGCAGCACUGUGAUGGCUGAGUAUGGACUGUAUGGAGCGAUGGUGAGGCAUUCCAUCCCCCUGCCAGAGUCCAUCCUCAAGUCUGCCAAGGAUGGCAUCAUGGAGUCCUGUGCCCCCUGGCUGCUCGUCCAAGAUGGCUUACCAAUCAACAGACGCUAUUCUAAAUCUGAAUACCCGCAACUCUUUGCAGGGAUGCACAAAAAGUCCAUGGAGGCGACAGCUCCCACGCCGACAGGAAAGUGCGAUGCCCCCCAGCAGCCGAGCUCUCAGGGGGCAGAAGACGCUGAGGUGGAGGAGAAGAGGUCAGAUGGAAAGUCCACCAUUUCUAAAGAGGAACUGAGAGAGAACAGCAUUGCUGCACUCAGGGCCAAGGCACAGGAGCACAGUGCCAAAGUGCUGGGGACAGUUUCUCAUGACAGACUGCUGGAGGGCAAACAGGAGAGACAGGCGGCAGAGGAGAAGCCUGGAGAUCCCCAGAGUCCAGCAGAGGAGAAGAAGAGUCCAUAGAGACCACUGAGUUCCUGAGGACUGUUAUUCUCAUGAGUGAAUGCAGUGGCCCAGCUGUUUUCAGCAUGUGUACGGACUUACCCGACAUAACUCACUGUCCUGCAGGUUCUCAUCCUUCAGUGACUUUUCUCUGAACCGGCCUGCAUCCGGACUUCUUGAAGAAGAGAGAAACUCACCUGGUUCGCUGCUGCACCGGAGAUGCAAAUGCACUUUUUCUGAUUCAUUUCCAAACUUACACUUGUUGCUUAUCCGUAGUAGAGAAGACUUGACAGAGUGGGAGUAAAAAAUCUUCAUGUACAUAGAUCCCACAAGUAUAUAUAGAGGCAGAUGAGUAACAUUUUAUUCAGUGAUAGCAGCGUUAAUUACCCCUGAUGACCAAUGAGCAGCCAGUGUGUGAAAGUCUGCAUUUCAUUCAGUUUAAUCUCAUUUGUACAGUUACUAAAUGGUGACAUUUUAGAUCAGAACCAUCCCACCGACAGUACUCUUUUCAGAGAAAGAAAGUAAUUGUUGUCUCUGUAUAUAACGGAAAUAUUAAUGUCUGUCUCUAAGGCACAAUUUGAACUCUGUUUUCUUGUAGUCUUAAAAAAUGUUUGUGUUUUCAUCUCAAAAAUAUGUAUAACUCAAAAAUACAAAGCUUAAAAUAGAAAUCACUGUUUAUUAAAUGUGGCUUUCGGUGUCUAU